AUGAUGUGUGUAACUUCGGUGCAAUACUCUGUUGUAGUUAAUAUAGAUAGUGUGGGACCGAUACAACUAGGAAGGGAUUUGAGACAAGGAAACACAUUGUCUCCUUAUCGUUUUAUCCUUAUAUCAGAAGGGAUGUAUGCGUUUAUAGAGGAGCGGUCGCUCGGGGGAUCUUCAUGGAUUCCAGAUUUGAAGGGGGCAUCUAGUUGUGUCCCAUAUGCUUUCGUUGACGAUUGUUUUUUGUUUUGCAGGGCUAAUAUUUUUGAGGUGUCACAUCUUAUGGAGGUGCUUAAGACCUAUGCAGACGCGUUUGGCCAAGAAAUAAAUUUGACCAAGUCUGAAGUGUUUUUUAGUCGGAGUAUUAGCAGGCUGGCUCAAGAUGAUAUUGCUAGAGUAAUGGGAGUGCGUCAUGUGUUAGGUACGCGAUUGUACCUGGGUUUAUCGUCGAUGAAUGGUAAAAGUAAAAAAGGCAACUUUUGCUUUUAUUAA